AUGUUUCAAAAGCUCAAAAGACACCAAACCUGCUACUCCCAACCUGAUGUCCAAACCCCGCUGUCCAAACCCUGCUGUCCAAACCCCGCUGUCCAAACCCCGCUGUCCAAACCCUGCUGUCCAAACCCUGCUGUCCAAACCCUGCUGUCCAAACCCUGCUGUCCAAACCCCGGUGUCCAAAACCCUGCUGUCCAAACCCCGCUGUCCAAACCCCGCUGUCCAAACCCCGCUGUCCAAACCCCGCUGUCCGAACCCCGCUGUCCAAACCCCGCUGUCCAAACCCCGAUGUCCAAACCCCGCUGUCCAAACCCCGCUGUCCAAACCCCGCUGUCCAAACCCCGGUGUCCAAACCCUGCUGUCCAAACCCUGCUGUCCAAACCCUGCUGUCCAAACCCUGCUGUCCAAACCCUGCUGUCCAAACCCCGCUGUCCAAACCCCGCUGUCCAAACCCCGCUGUCCAAAACCCCGGUGUCCAAACCCUGUCUGUGUCCAAAACCCUGCUGUCCAAACCCUGCUGUCUCAAACCCUGCUGUCCAAACCCUGCUGUCACCAAACCCCGCUGUCCAAAACCCCGCUGUCCAAACCCCGCUGUCCGAACCCCGCUGUCCAAACCCCGCUGUCCAAACCCCGCUGUCCAAACCCCGCUGUCCAAACCCUGCUGUCCAAACCCCGCUGUCCAAACCCCGCUGUCCAAACCCUGAUGUCCAAACCCCGCUGUCCAAACCCUGCUGUCCAAACCCCGCUGUCCAAACCCCGCUGUCCAAACCCUGCUGUCCAAACCCCGCUGUACAAACCCCGAUGUCCAAACCCCGAUGUCCAAACCCCGCUGUCCAAACCCCGAUGUCCAAACCCCGAUGUCCAAACCCCGAUGUCCAAACCCCGAUGUCCAAACCCCGCUGUACAAACCCCGAUGUCCAAACCCCGAUGUCCAAACCCCGCUGUCCAAACCCCGAUGUCCAAGUACCCUGCUGUCCAAACCCCGCUGUCCAAACCCUGAUGUCCAAACCCCGAUGUCCAAACCCCGAUGUCCAAACCCUGCUCUCCAAACCCCGCUGUCCAAACCCCGCUGUCCAAACCCCGAUGUCCAAACCCCGCUGUCCAAACCCCCGCUGUCCCAAACCCCGAUGUCCAAACCCCGCUGUCCAAACCCUGAUGUCCAAACCCCGCUGUCCAAACCCUGCUGUCCAAACCCCGCUGUCCAAACCCUGA